CCAACUCACACGCCUUCCCACGCAAGUAAACAAAAGAAAGAAGAAAUCCGCCGGCUCAUGAAAACUGAGUGCUAUAUACAUAAAAAGAAAGAAACCAACUUCACCGCCCCCUUGAAAGCAAGUAAUAAACUUGUGGCGGUGUUUUUCCGUUGGCUAUUAAUUCUCCGUUUAUUUCAUUCUUUUCACCAAAGUUACCAAACUUACAAAUCCCACUUCUUCAUUGAUUUGGUUAUAUAUAAUUCUCCAGUUCUUUUGGGAUAGAUAGAAUUCACAAUUAUUGAGAUUCCACAAUGUGCUUUUUGUUCUUCUAAGCAAGUAUUGAUUCUUUUCUGAUAUUUUUUUUUUCAUUGUGAAUAUUCUCUUCUUCUUCUCUACUUUACAUUCUGUUCUUUUCUUAGCUACCUUCAAUUCGUAAUCAAUAAGAAUCAAAUUCUCUACGGAAAUUGAUAGAAAGAUUCGAAUAGAUUUAAUUACUCGUUCGAAUUAUUCUGCAAUGGAGAACUUUGUGAAGCCUCAGUUCUUCUCCUUUAUGCGUGAGGAAGCAGCAGUUCAACAAUACCCUACGCAUCACAACAUUAUGGCUCAUUCCAGAUUUGAAAACCGAUUUGCGGAAUAUACAAGCUCAAGCACCGAUGACGUGCAAGAUCCAGAAGUUUCCGAUUCGGAGAGUUCGGUUGUUGGCUCUGUACAUGAGGAGAAAAGUUCUGGUUUGAUGAAAAUUGAUGAAGGCGAUAAGAUACAUGGAAUUGUCACCAGCAAGUUUUUAUCGGGAUUGGGUUGUUUUGGAUCAUCAACGCAAAUUACGGCAAUUCACAAGGAAACUUGCUCUAGUUUCACCAAGCAAGCGAAGCUUCAAUCGUUCCUUAUUUUCUCUAAAGCUGUGGAGAAAAAGUGCGGAGGAAAUGCUAAUGUGAAGUAUGCUUGGUUUGGAGCUUCGAAAGAUGAGAUUAACAACAUAUUCUCACAUGGUUUUUCUUAUCCUUCAAACAAUGGAGCUUAUUCUCAAGCCAUAUGCCUUACUCCGGAUGAUAAUCCACUCGAUUGUCUGCAAACUGCUGUUCCUGAUAAAAAUGGGUUAAUGCAUCUAUUGCUUUGUCGUGUGAUACUGGGGAAAAGUGAAGUAGUUCAUCCUGGAUCAGGACAGUGCCAUCCGAGUUCUGAGGAAUAUGAUACAGGGGUUGAUAAUUUAUCUUCUCCUAGAAAGUAUAUUGUGUGGAGUACUCACAUGAACAGUUACGUUUUCCCAGAAUUUAUGGUCAGUUUCAGAGUCACCUCACAUGCCAAAGAGACUCAAAGGAAUGCAGUUCAUGUUCAGAAUCCAAAAUCACCUUGGAUUACAUUUCCUGCACUGAUUUCUGCUCUAUCGAAAUUCUUGCCGCCUCAGACUGUCAAUUUGAUUACGAAAUAUCAUAGUGAUCAUAAGGGGAGGAAAAUCACAAGGCGAGACUUGAUUCAACAAGUGAGGAAAUUAGCAGGAGACGAGUUGUUAACUGCAAUCAUCAAGUCCUGCAAGAAUAAGCAAAGCAAAGGAUCAACUGGAAACUCAUCCAGCACAAGCUCAAUUAACUCUAAACAACGAGAUGGAAGAUGCUGUGCUUGCCAGAAGAGUUGUUGAAUAAUUUUGUUGACGAAUAUAUGGACAUAAGCAGAGAGAAUGAAACGUUACAAGAAGAUUGACAUCCACUAACCAAGCCAAAUGUGACACAAGGAGGGACUAGCCUGCUGCUGUUGAUUCAUGGGAUGAAAAUGAUAGUAUCUUCUAACAAAUUAGUCUUUGAAGUUAAGCUCAAUUCCCCUCGAACCUGUGUAUCUUUUCACACGCUGUUUUUUUGCUUUGUAACGCCAAAGUUGUCUUAAGAGUAAAGAGUGUAUCCCAAUGUAAUAGACAGUUGUAAUAGUUCCCCUGAUCAAUCCUUGUUGAUGGAUUUAAACAACAAAUUGCUAUCCAAUUAUGUUAGAAUAUCCAUUUUGUUAAUACCCUUAUUACCCUUUA